UCAAACAGGACGAUUACGGCGGAAAGUCACAAGGAUGCUGGCCCUCUAGCGGUCUAGGGAAAUCGGAAAAUCGCAAGAAAAACCCAUACGAACUCCAGAGCGGAUCGGGCCCAAAAAACCGAAUUCGAGUCGAGUGGUAAAAGAAACCGCAGGGCAAAAAAAGAAAAUAGAAAAAGAAAGGCAAAAAUAUAAACGGACGGGAGUCGCGCGCAUUAAGUGAUAAUAAAGUAGCGGCAAUCAUUUUUAAAAUUGUGUGCCAGCUUAUGCAAAUGUAAAAGUCGCUUAAGAGCCAAUUCCCAAAUAUUCCUCAAGUUUCGCCCCGAAAAGAAAAAGCUAAGCAAGAAAAGCCGCAAUUUAAGUGUGCUGUGUGUGACCAAACAACUUACAAGCCACCGACAAAAAACCAGAAAAAGCAAGAAAAAAAGGAAAAAUAAAUCUCAAGGACUGGAAGGAAUUGUAAGCCGCAAAUGAACAGCGACAAAUGCUCGGCCCUCUUUUUUGCAGCACAAAUUAUGCAAAUGCUGCGCUAAGUGCGGCAAAAUGCUCGCAAUGCCAGCGACGACAAGCGAACUCCACAGCAACAAAUACAUCUACAACUACAACUACAGCUGCAGAAAAUAAGCGGAAAAGCGGAAUUAACAGCAACAACAAGAGGAGUCCUGUUCCGCAGGAAUAGCAAGGAUAUAGCAAUAACAACAGGGCAGCAAAGGCAGCGAAGGCAGCAUCAGCAGCAGUAUCAACGGGCUGCAAAAUGCGCUUUGGCUUAAAGUUGAGCUGCCUUUGGCCAAGCUUUUUAUUAUGGCUAACAUGGAGCAGUGGCGGCGACGGGGGAGUCAGCGCACAGCCAUCAUUAACCGAGAAAAUCCCAUUAGGUGCCAUCUUCGAGCAGGGAACCGACGAGGUGCAGUCGGCCUUCAAGUACGCGAUGCUCAAUCACAACCUUAACGUCUCAUCCCGCCGCUUCGAGCUGCAGGCCUACGUGGAUGUGAUCAACACGGCGGAUGCCUUCAAAUUGUCCCGACUGAUUUGCAACCAGUUCUCAAGGGGCGUAUACUCGAUGCUGGGGGCCGUUUCGCCCGACUCCUUCGAUACACUGCACUCCUACUCAAACACCUUCCAGAUGCCCUUCGUGACGCCCUGGUUCCCCGAGAAGGUGCUUACGCCAUCGUCUGGCUUCCUCGACUUUGCCCUCAGCAUGCGCCCGGAUUAUCAUCAGGCCAUCAUUGAUACAAUACAAUUUUAUGGCUGGCGCAAAAUAAUUUAUCUCUACGAUUCCCACGAUGGUCUGCUGCGCCUCCAGCAAAUAUACCAGGGCCUGCGCCCCGGCAACGAGUCCUUCCAAGUGGAGCUGGUCAAGCGCAUCUCCAACGUCAGCAUGGCCAUCGAGUUCCUGCACACACUGGAGCAGAUCGGUCGCUUCGAGAACAAGCACAUCGUUCUGGACUGCCCCACGGAAAUGGCCAAGCAAAUACUCAUCCAGCAUGUCCGCGAUUUGCGACUCGGCCGACGCACCUACCAUUAUUUGCUGAGUGGUUUGGUCAUGGACGAUCGCUGGGAGAGCGAGAUAAUCGAAUUUGGUGCCAUUAACAUUACGGGCUUUCGCAUCGUGGACACGAACCGGCGGCUGGUGCGCGAGUUCUACGACAGCUGGAAGAGAUUGGACCCCCAGAUGAGUGUGGGCGCUGGCCGUGAAUCGAUUUCGGCCCAGGCGGCGCUCAUGUACGACGCCGUAUUCGUCCUGGUGGAGGCGUUCAACAAAAUCCUGCGCAAGAAGCCGGACCAGUUCCGGAACAAUGUGCAGCGGCGCAGCCAGACGCUGAUGGUGGCCCAGGCGGCGGCCUCGACGUCCAGUGAUGGGUACAACUACAAUGCCAAUGCCAGCGGUGGCUUCGCAAACGGUGGUGCGGGUGGCGGUGGAUUCGCCGGCAGCGAUACCGGCGGAUCCGGUGGCAUGGCCUCGCGAGCACUGGACUGCAACACGGCCAAGGGCUGGGUGAAUGCCUGGGAGCAUGGCGAUAAAAUAUCGCGUUAUUUGAGAAAGGUGGAAAUCGAGGGCCUAACCGGGGACAUCAAAUUCAACGAUGACGGCAGACGCGUCAAUUACACGCUGCACGUCGUCGAGAUGACAGUAAACAGCGCCAUGGUCAAGGUGGCCGAGUGGAAUGACGAUGCCGGGCUGCAGCCCCUAAAUGCCAAGUACGUCCGAUUGCGUCCGCACGUGGAGUUCGAGAAGAACCGCACCUACAUAGUGACCACUGUCCUGGAGGAGCCCUAUAUCAUGCUGAAGCAGGCGGCUUUCGCCGAGAAGCUGCACGGCAAUGACCGCUUCGAGGGAUACUGCAAGGACCUGGCCGAUCUGCUGGCCAAGGAACUGGGCAUUAACUAUCAGCUGCGCCUGGUCAAGGAUGGCAAUUACGGCUCGGAGAAAUCCAGCGCCCAUGGUGGCUGGGAUGGAAUGGUGGGGGAGCUGGUGCGCAAGGAAGCGGAUAUUGCGAUUGCCGCCAUGACGAUUACCGCCGAACGCGAACGUGUCAUCGACUUUAGCAAGCCGUUCAUGUCGCUGGGCAUCUCCAUCAUGAUUAAGAAGCCAGUGAAGCAGACGCCCGGCGUGUUCAGCUUCAUGAAUCCUUUAUCGCAGGAAAUUUGGGUGAGCGUCAUCUUCAGUUACAUCGGCGUGAGCAUCGUGCUGUUCUUUGUGUCGCGCUUCUCGCCACAUGAAUGGCGCCUCGUGCAACAGCCGCAGCAAUCACAGUCGCCAGAUCCGCAUGCACAUCACGAACAGCUUGCCAAUCAGCAGCCGCCCGGCAUUAUUGGCGGCGCCCCCCUGCCCGCUCCGCCCGGACCACCCACUCCGGGCGCCCAGACGGCAGCCGGGGCCGCCGCCCUGCAGGCCGCCCUCUCCGCCGGAAGUCCCGGAAGCGGAGGCUCCGCCUCGACGGCCGUGAACGAGUUCAGCGUGUGGAACUCCUUCUGGUUCUCGCUGGCCGCCUUCAUGCAGCAGGGAUGCGAUCUGUCGCCGAGGUCCGUGUCCGGACGAAUUGCAGCCGCCUCGUGGUUCUUCUUCACCCUGAUACUCAUCUCCUCGUACACGGCCAACCUGGCCGCCUUCCUCACCGUGGAGCGCAUGGUCACGCCGAUCAAUUCGCCGGAGGACCUGGCCAUGCAGACGGAGGUGCAGUACGGCACUCUGCUGCACGGCUCCACAUGGGACUUCUUCCGGCGCUCCCAAAUCGGACUCCACAACAAGAUGUGGGAGUACAUGAACUCGCGGAAGCACGUCUUCGUGCCCACCUACGACGAGGGGAUCAAACGCGUGCGCAACUCCAAGGGCAAGUACGCCCUGCUGGUGGAGUCGCCCAAAAACGAGUAUGUGAACGCCCGCGAGCCCUGCGACACAAUGAAAGUGGGCCGCAAUCUGGAUACAAAGGGAUUUGGCAUCGCCACGCCGCUCGGUUCGGCGCUCAAGGACCCUAUCAAUCUGGCCGUGCUGACGCUGAAGGAGAACGGCGAGCUGAUCAAGUUGCGCAACAAAUGGUGGUACGAAAAGGCGGAGUGCAAUGCCCACAAGGACGGCGAGGCCUCGCACAGCGAGCUAUCGCUGAGCAACGUGGCCGGGAUAUUCUACAUACUGAUUGGCGGCCUGCUUGUCAGCGUGUUCGUGGCCAUCCUGGAGUACUGCUUCCGCAGCAAGGACUCGCGCUCCGCGUCCGGUGGCUCCGGCAUGGGAAUGGGCAUGGGCAUGGGCAUGGGACUGGGCGGCGUGGGCGGCGGCAGCCUGGGCAAGGCCAAUGGCUCCAUGAUGCUGGGUCCCUCGAGCGCCGUGCCCGGCGUCAUGCCGUCCUCACAUCAAAGGAGCACGCUGACGGACACCAUGCACGCCAAGGCUAAAUUGACCAUUCAAGCGAGUCGCGACUAUGACAAUGGACGCGUCGGGUAUCUGAAUUGCGCCUCGUUGCAGUACUAUCCGCCCGCCCAGCUCUCGGCCACGCCCCCCGACGCCGGGGACGCCCUGCACAUGAACGCCCACGGGCAGGUCUGACAUGAGCACGCGCAGGAGUCGCGCCUCUGACGCA